GACUUGGGCUCUCAGCCCUACCAUUUCACAAAAUGCAGUUAAAAGCCAGUCCAACAAGACAAGGGAAGAAGACUCACAGAAAGUACUAUGUGAUACAUCAAAACAAACUUCAGAGUCAGAGGGAAUAAAACAACAUGAAAAGCAGAUGAAGACAAAGGACAUUGAUGUAAAUGAGACAGCACAGCAAAGCAGAGGCAAUGGGGCAGAGUGGUCGAGAAACGGUGCUCAGGAAAAAGCUCCCGAUGAAGCCUCCAACAAAACGCAACAUAUGAAGAUAGCAUCUAUUUCCCAGGAAACCCCAACAGCAAGAAGGAAAAAGAGGCAUCAGACUGACUCAGAUUCACAGGUUUUACCCAGGAUAGCCAAAGCCGGAUUUGAUACCAAUGACAUGGAGAACUCAGAGGCAGCGAAAAUGCAAACCUCCAACCAAAAGAUUUCCUCAGAGUCAUCUCCUCUCAUAGAGAAGAAGCCAGAAGACCCACGGGGCCCAGGGACCUUCUUUUACAUUGGUGGCGGUAACGGGGCGCAACUGGUACGUGAAUAUUGCCUGAAAAAAGGAUGGCAGCAGAUCCACGACAACAAGAGAGAUGACUACAAGCUGAAAUGGUGCGAAACCAAGACCUCAGCCACCUACAAUGCCUUCCGGGAAGGUGAACAACUUUUGUACCAAAUACCCAACAAUAAGGUGCUCACCACAAAGAUCGGACUUUUAUGCAGCCUACGAGAUUAUGAAAGAGUCAUGCAAAAAAUCAACAAAGCCAGGAUGCUGAAAAUGGCAGAUUUUUUCCCCGAGACUUACCGCCUGGAUUUGAAAGAAGAGUCUGAAGCAUUCUUUUCUAUCUAUGAAGAUGGCCAGACUUGGAUUUGUAAACCUACUGGGCUGAAUCAAGGACGUGGCAUCUACUUGCUGAAAACCCAAGAGCAGAUUGACACUCUUCAGUGCCAAAUCCAGACCAUGAUGGAAAACUCCAUGUCAAAGAAAAUUCCAGCAAGAUGCCCACAAGCUCGAAUUGUGCAAAGAUACAUUCCAAACCCUUUACUGUUGGAAGGAAAGAAGUUUGAUAUUCGUUCCUACUUGCUUAUAGCAUCUACUGUGCCUUUGUAUGCAUUUUUCUGCCAUGGCUAUGUACGCCUGACCUGCACCACAUACGAUCCAAAGUCUGAUGACCUCACAGGUCACUUGACCAACCAGUACAUGCAGAAGAAGAACCCACUUUACAGUGAGAUGAAAGAGGAAACAGUGUGGGGAAUGGAAAGAUUUAACAACUAUGUCAACGAGAAUUUUGCUGCAGCCAAGUCUCUGCCUCAAGACUGGGUACUCAAUGUUUUUACGAAAAGGAUGCAACAGAUAAUGAUACACUGUUUCCUGACCGUAAAAUCAAAGCUGGAGUGUCGACGGGGCUUUUUUGACCUCAUUGGCUGUGACUUCCUGAUUGACGAUGAUUUCAAGGUGUGGCUGCUGGAAAUGAACUGCAAUCCUGCUCUGCAAACCAACUGUGAAGUUCUCAAAGAAGUCAUCCCCAGUGUGGUCAACGAAACCCUUGACUUGGCUCUUGAGAUCUUCAAUAAAAACUUUAAAGGCCAACGUAUUAUGCCUCUGAAUACACAUAAAAAGUUUGUGUUGUUAUACAAUGGGGAGACUAAUGAACAGGCAAUCAAAUUUAACUGGCCUAGAAGCUCCAGUCCUGUUAAAGAAGAGAAGAAGACAGUGCAAGUCAACAACCAAAACAGACCUGUGAAAAAUGUGGAGAAGCCCAAGAGAUCAUUUAAGCCUCUUGCAGACAAUGGAAACCCUAUUGUAACUAGGUCUUUUGUGUUGCAAUCUCCUCAAAGAACAAGCUUGGCAAUGUCCCCCAUUAAUAUGAUGGGCUUUCAUGAUGGCUUGGCCCUCCAUGCACUAAGACACAAAGCCAAGCACAACAUACCAUCUAAGAGUCUGGAUGGGCCUCAAUUCAAUAACUUAAUAGAGUCAGGCCAAACGAAAAGCAAAGCUGAACCCUCAGUCCCUGUUGCCAAGAUUUCUUUUAGAGGUCCGCAGAAAACUAGGGUGGUUGGUAGAAAAACACCCAUGUUCAGAAAAAGAAGCAGACAUGAUACAUCUAUCAACAGCAAUGUUGUAAUCUUUUCUGAACAGAAUCGUCUACUCUUCAACAGCGGCUCUCUCCGUGGUGUUGAGGACCCCAGUGAAACGAAAUUAGAAGGUGCACAAGCAAAUGAACACGGUCAUUCAGAAUCUGUGAAAUAA